GUCUCUCACCUCAGAGUCAUGGAACAGACUCUCAGAAGAGCGCACAUUGCGAUCAAGUAGUGUACACAUUGUAGCCUAUGUCUUUAAGAAUCAUUAUGCCCUGUAUUAGACCUAGGAGGAGUCCGCUGGCUCACUGUACGAAAUGAGGGGUUGUUAGAUGCACUUGGAUUACCGGUUGGUGAAGUGAAACAACGUUAACAACCGCUGACUAAGGUCGAUAGAGCGCUUGUUUUAAAAGUAGUCGGUUGCUGUCCUCAAUUAAGCAGAGAACACUGCUUUUGUCAUUAGUUAACGACCUAAUUGCUUGAUUGAACCAAGGGGAUAUUAUGACUUAGAGAAAUAUUUUGAAUCUGGCUGUCAUUCUGUGGCAUUCAAUGGAGACGCAGACGAUGGAAUUCAGACGUGAAAUUUUCAGCUCACUCCGUGGUGCUGUCCCUGAUCCAACUCUUUAAAUACGGGUUUGGAGAUUGUUCUGACACCGUCGUUUUAACCUCAGAGUUUGGAAUCAAACAGGAUGGAUACAACGACCAGCUUGUUUUUGCUAUCCUUCAUUUUGGGCUUGCCGGCCACGGGAGCCACGGAGACCAGUCCGGACCCUGCGCUGGCGCCAGGGGAACUGUCCCUCCAGCCUGCGCUGGCGGCCAUGGAGAGCGCGCGGCAGACUAUGCUGGACGGACACCACCAGUGCAUGGAGAUGCUGGGCCACGAGGCGCCUCGCAAUAGAACCGGGCCUUAUUGUAAUCGAACCUGGGACGGCUUGCUGUGCUGGGAUGAGACACCUGCGGGGACCUUUGCCACCCUCAGCUGCCCUGACUACCCGGGCCUCGACACUUCAGAGAAAGUUACCAAAUACUGUGAUGAAUCUGGCUAUUGGUUCCAAAGUCCUUCUGUCAAUAGGACCUGGGCUCAUUGUCUCGCGUAUCCAAAAGACAAGCUCAAAAUACAGCAGAGUAUAUCCACCCUUGGUUCUCUGGAGCCCAACCCAAAUGCCGUGGAGGAAAGGACAAAAAUUAUGGACGGCCAAUACAAAUGCUUUGAGAAGAUGAACAUGGAUCGGCCGUACAACAAGUCAGGACUGUUCUGCAACCGGACUUGGGAUGGGUGGAUGUGCUGGGACGACACUCCAGCUGGUACCUACGGCAUCCAGAACUGCCCCAACUACUUCCCAGAUUUUGAUCCCACUGAAAAGGUCACCAAAUAUUGCGACGAGCAUGGGAAUUGGUUCCGGCACCCUGACACAAACAGAAGCUGGUCCAACUACACGCUGUGCACAGCGUACACGUAUGGCAAAGUCAGGAUGGUGUACGUCCUCUACUACAUGGCGGUGGUUGGCCAUUCUCUCUCCCUGGUGUCCCUCCUGAUCUCCCUGGCCAUAUUUUUCUAUUUCAGGAGUCUAAGCUGUCAGCGGAUUACACUGCACAAGAACCUCUUCACUUCCUACGUGCUCAACUCCACCAUUACCAUCAUCUAUUUCAUAUGCGUGGUCAACAAUCCUAAAAUGAUGGCACAUUAUCCUAUGAGUUGUAAGAUGCUGCAGUGCUUGAACUGGUACCUGCUGGGCUGCACAUACUUCUGGAUGCUGUGUGAGGGUGUGUACCUGCACACGCUCAUCGUGGUGGCCGUGUUUGCUGAGGAACAACACCUGUACUGGUACUACCUCCUAGGAUGGGGAUUCCCCUUGGUGCCUACAGUCAUCCUGGCCAUCGCCAGAAAACAGUACUUUGAUGACCACUGUUGGCUAAGUUUAGAAACCCAUCUGCUUUAUGUGGUGCACGGACCUAUCGUGGCAGCGUUGCUGGUGAAUCUGUUCUUCUUGCUGAACAUCGUGCGGGUUCUGGUGACCAAGCUGCGGAACACUCACCGGGCCGAGUCCAACAUGUACAUGAAGGCGGUGCGGGCCACGCUCAUCCUGGUGCCGCUGCUGGGCAUCCAGUUUGUCAUCCUACUAUGGCGACCCGAGAACCGCCUGGCCGGCGAGAUCUAUGACGUCGUGAUCAACAUGCUCAUGCACAACCAGGGACUGCUGGUAGCGACAAUAUUCUGCUUUUUCAAUGGAGAGGUCCAGGGGGCACUGAAGAGGCAGUGGGUGCAGUACAAGGCCCAGUGGGGCCAGCGCAGGAAAGAGCACUGCUCCAUGCGCUCCACCUCCUACACUGCCACCUCCAUCACCGAGGUGCCCAACUUCAUGUACCAUCACGACUGCGGAGGAGUAGGAGGGGAUGGGGUCGGGGAGCAGCCUAACGGCAGGCCCGUGGAGGACUGCGAACUGGUUGCCCUCAAGUUUGGGGACACCUACACCUACACCUACGCCUAUGAGAGAGGAAGAGGAGGGGGGCGAGAGGAGGCCUCCUGAACAGCAGGGGGCGCUGGUUCGUGGAGAGGGGAGUACUUGCCGAGUGUGGC